AUGCAUGAUAGAUGGUUAUCCACUAUCAAUCAAUACACAUUCUCUAUUCGACAUAAACGUGGGAAAUUAAAUACAGUAGCUGAUGCUUUAAGUCGACGUACUCAUCUUCUUGUUACUCUUAACAACGAAAGUGUAGCUUUUGAUUUUAUCAGAGAAGUUUAUCCAGAUGAUGAAGACUUUAACGAUAUUUGUAAAAACUGUGGAACUAAAAAUGGUGGAGAAGCUGGAUUUUUGAUACAAGAUGGUUUUCUUUUUAAAGAUAAUCGACUAUGUAUUCCUCAAGGUUCAUUGCGUCUUUAUUUAAUGCAAGAAUUGCAUGGCAGUGGUCUUGGUGGACAUUUUGGUAAAGAUAAGACAAUUUCUUUGGUGGAGGAAAGAUUUUUUGGCCCUCUUUAA